GAAGAAGCAUAUAUGUGGCCAGUCUUAUGUGAGGUUUAGGCUAUACUUUCCCAAAUCGGUGGAGAGAGACUUUAGUGGUCAACUAAACACAUCUGAAAUCCCAUGGAGUUUGUUGCUCAUGUUCUCAUAUAUCCCUGCCCUCUUCAAGGCCAUGUCAACUCCAUGCUCAAAUUUGCACAGCUCCUAGAUCUUUCCAAUUUCCAUGUCACUUUCCUAGCCACCCCCAAUAUCGACGCCCGCCUUCGAGCUCACACCGACAUAGAAUCCGACGGCCGGUUCAGCCACCGGUUCAGGAUUCAGCGUUUCCCUGCCGGAAUCUAUGAAGGUAGACCCGAUACUAGAGAAGGGAUUCUGGAGCUAAUCGAUUCCUUGCAGACGAUCGGGAAGCCGUUUCUGAAGGAACUUGUAAGACAGAAAGACGAUUCCUGGCCGCCGUUUACAUGUUUUGUUUCGGAUUUACCGCUCGGCAUGGCGGUGGAGGUCGGCGCCGGAGUCGAUUUGCCGGUUUACUAUUUCCGUACGGCCAGCGCAGCUUCCUUUUGGAUUUACUUCUCCUGGCCGGAUCUCCUUGACGCCGGCGAGUUUCCAUUCCAAGAAACCGAAAUGGACUCUUCUAUCACAAAGGUGAAGGGCAUGGAAGAUUUUCUGAGAGCAAGAGACCUUCCACGAUUUUUCCAGCAAGAUAGCAUUCUUAGUUUUAUAUCUACUGAAACCAGGAGUGCAGUUCAAGCUCGAGCAGUCAUACUAAACACUUUCGAACAACUCGAGGGACCAAUACUCUCCCAAAUCAGAACAAAGUGUCCAACGGUGUACUCAAUUGGACCAAUCCAUGCCCAUCUCAAGGCUAAACUACUAUCCAAACCCGCCUCCUCCAAUAGUCUUUGGCAAGAAGAUCAAACCUGUAUGGCUUGGCUCGACUCACAAGAACCCAAAUCCGUGAUCUACGUGAGCUUCGGAAGCAUCGCUGUGAUUACAAAGCAACAAUUGAUGGAGUUUUGGUAUGGUCUAGUCAAUAGUGGCCAAAAGUUCUUAUGGGUGGUGAGGCCCGAUUCGAUUGCCGAAAAAUAUGGGGAAACCCCAAUUCCUCCCGAGCUAGAAGCGGGCACGAAAGCAAACGGGUACAUGGUAAGUUGGGCACCUCAAGAGUUGGUCUUGGACCAUCCUGCCAUUGGGGGAUUUUUAACCCAUUCUGGAUGGAACUCAACACUUGAGAGUAUUGUCGCGGGGGUGCCUAUGAUUUGCUGGCCGUUCAUGGUUGAUCAGCAGACCAAUAGCCGGCUUGUUGGAACGGUGUGGAAGCUAGGACUGGACAUGAAAGAUGUGUGUGAUAGAGGCAUUAUGGAGAAUGUAAUCCGAGAAUUGAUGAUUAUAAGAAAGAGUGAGUUCUUGGAGAGUGCUGAAAAUAUGGCCAAGUGUGCAAAAGAAGCUGUCACAGAAGGUGGAUCGUCUUAUUCCAAUUUUGAAUGUCUUGUUCAAGAUAUUUGCUCACUGAGAAAACCUUAAUAACCUCCUCGGUUAUUUCGAUAGCAACAUACGAAGUAUUUCAUUAUUAUUGUGGGAUUUAUGUACUAAAUUAUCAAAAUAUUUAUUGUACAUCGACUUGUACAAUUGUUACAAUCUAAAUGCAAACAAG